UUCCUUGACCUCUGCGAUCUUAGGUCUUCCGAUACGAUUAUAAAUUCAAAGCACAUCUCGAUUGUCCCACCGUCCGUUCUUGAUUAUACAUCCGCCAUGGUUUACACACCUGCCACUCCGUCGGGGUCUGGACCUACCAAGAGGUCUGCCUCGAGCCUUCACGAUGGUGCCCUUGGUUGGGAAACUGCUCCGAUCAUGAACGCUCCUCUACAAGCAACCGUCAACAUGCCAUUCAACCACUACUCUCUUAUUUAUCUAGAUCACAUGGGCCGGCUGCAGGUGCAAGAGUCGCCUUCGAUCAGUGAACAGAACAUGACAAUCUUCACACAUGACGUACGGGAGAAGUUCUUGGAAAUCCUAGGUUCGCAAAUCGGCUACAGACAGCCUUUGAUUCGCAGAACCUCUAAUGUCAGCCCCGCUGCUUUGAGCCAUGACCGCAUGAGUGAGAAAUAUCGGCGCUCAGGCAAGCGGCGCAAGACCCAGUCUGUCGCUUCCUCGACUCUGCGAUACUCCAAUCCCUACACCAACACCGUGCAAGAAAUGCCCCCGGUUGCCACGGUGAACAGAGUCGCCAUCCAGAUUGGCGACUCGGCCAAGCUACUCCAGUACUAUCGCAUUGCACUGGACCAUGUCCAACAGCAGAAUUGUCGCCACGUCGCCAAAGCGUUCAUCAAAUAUAUCGAGCCGCGCAAGCAAGUGCGACACCCGUACAACGGAGGCCGUCCCAGGCCUGGAGCGCCACCGGGAACCAGAGGAGACCCAGAGCUGACAAAGCCUGCCUGGUGGCCAGCUAAUGUGACUCACAAGGAGCCUGACCAUCUCAAGAAAAAAGAGCGACUUGAACUUCUACUCCACAUUAUCCGAAAUCUCGGCCAGCACGGCAUCACCCCAGAGGACCUGCAAGACGUGGCUCAUGAUUGCAGAAGACAGAUUCCCCAGGAGAGAAUGCUCAUUCUCGACGAGAUAUUCAGAGUGCGCAAGAUGGAGGUUCGAUAUGAGAUGGGCGAAGUCGACGCGACCACAAUUGUCUAUGUCCAAGAAAGACAUGACAAGGGGGAGAAAGAUGAGGACAACGAGGAAGAAGGCGAGCCCGUUCCCGAGCCUGUGCAGAAGAUCGAGCCAGAAGAGGCAGAGUGCAAUGAGGCGAUUCAUUCGACCGCAACCUCGAUGGAAGCCUUGUCUGCACCAUUCACAGCGAUAGAUCCAGCCAGCGUGUCCUCCCACCGUGCCAUUUCAUUGGGAGCCGACCGGGAUCAACUCUUCCCUCUCCCAGAGUCGCUCAGCUACGGUGAGCCAAGCCAACUACAGAAAGGAUCCUUUUACUCAACCUCUGUCGACUACAAUGACGAGUACACGUCUCCCACGGUCAUCAACACCCCCGCGGGCAGUGAGAUGCCUAGCCCGAUCGAGCAGACCUCCUCGUUCGAAUGUUUGACUCCCGCUCCUAUCACUGCGCCCGCUGGCUCGGAACACCAUCGUCCUACGACAAUGUCCAUGCAGCAAGCUGUCGGAGCAUAUGAUAGCUGGGCAACACCAACUUACCGACCACAGCCUAUGUACAGCUCCUUUGACUACAGCACUGUGGCAACCACCCAAGCAAUGGCUCAGCCGACCAUACACUACCAGAUGCCGAUGAAUGAGAUGCACGGCCUUCCUGAGCUCGCAAACCCUGCCAAAAUGUCCUUUCGGACGGGUUCUCUAAGCCAUCCCAGCCUUCACCAGUCUGCCGAGCAGCUGUGAUUAUAGACCGCACACGAAAUGACCCCGUAACGAAUAUAUAUGAUCGACUCCUUAUUUUGAUUUUUCGCCUCUGUUUUCAUCUUCGGGGGUUUUUGGUUCCGGCUUAGG